GUUACAAUUUCUUACGUCAAAACAGUAUGGCUGCACACAGGUUUGUGUGUUACAGUGCUUAGGGGGCGAGCAAAGGGUGUUUAAAACACUUUAAAAACACGGCAGUUCUGAUAAUUUUGCCAGUUCGCUCGUCGAAGCCGGAUGUUCACUGGGAUGUUGUGUCUAACUAAAGCCAAAUGGAUUUUAAAGGGCGGUGGGCGUUAUGUUUCUGUAACCUGUCAAAAUCCUGUGAGACACUUAAGCACGGGUUUUGGUAAAGCAAGGGACGCCAACCCAGGCGGGGAACCAAAUGUUAACGAAAGCCAGCUGUAUGAUGUUAUAAUUUCUGGAGGAGGCAUGGUAGGGACUGCAAUGGCAUGCUCUUUAGGGUUGGAUCCAAAUUUGGAGGGUAAGAGGAUCCUUCUGUUGGAGGCAGGCAACAAAAAGAUGAUUGACAAAGUCCCCGAGGCCUAUAGCACCAGAGUCAGUUCCAUCAGCCCAGGGUCAGCAAAUCUGCUCAGUGCUGUGGGUGCCUGGGAUCGCAUUGUGAAGCUGAGGUACAAGCCCUAUCAGAGAAUGCAGGUUUGGGACGCCUGCUCAGAUGCCCUCAUCACCUUUGAUAAUGAGGACCUGGGCAACGAGAUGGCCUACAUCGUGGAGAACGACGUGGUGGUCAGCGCCCUGACGGCACGGCUGGAGUCCCUCGCCGGUCAGGUGGAGGUCAGAUACCGCAGUAAGGUGGUGAAGUACAGCUGGCCGCGGCCCUGCCUGGUGGCGGAGGCCGUGCCCUGGGUGCAGGUGACCCUGGCCAAUGGGCAGAAGCUGCAGACCCGACUCCUGAUCGGCGCGGAUGGGCCCAACUCCAUGGUGCGGGGGGAGGCUGGAAUACCCACAGUGAAGUGGAGCUAUGACCAAUCGGCUGUGGUGGCCGUCCUGCGCUUGUCUGAAUCCACAGAGAACAACGUAGCCUGGCAGAGGUUCCUGCCGAAGGGGCCCAUCGCCAUGCUCCCGCUGUCUGACACACACAGCUCCCUGGUGUGGUCCACCAGCCACCGGCAUGCGGAGGAGCUGCUAGAACUGGACGAGGAAAGCUUUGUGGACGCCAUAAACUCAGCUUUUUGGAGCAACGAGAACCACUCUGAGAUGAUCGAGACGGCAGGUACCCUUUUCCGGGCGGCUCUGUCCUUCCUGAUGCCCACGGGCUCAUCGGCUCGCCAACUCCCCCCAAGUGUGGCCAGCAUCGGUCCAAAGAGUAGGGUCAUGUUCCCUUUGGGGAUGGGCCACGCCUCUGAAUACGUCCGGCACCGGGUGGCUCUUAUUGGGGACGCUGCCCAUAGAGUACACCCCUUGGCUGGGCAGGGAGUAAACCUGGGCUUUGGAGACGUGGCCUGCCUGACGAAGAUCCUAAGCCAAGCCGCCUUUGACGGGAAAGACCUGGGAGCCAUUCAGCAUCUUCUGGAGUACGAGACAGACCGGCAGAGACACAACCUGCCCAUGAUGGCUGCCAUCGACCUCAUGAAACGCCUGUACUCAACCAACGUGGCCCCUGUGGUGCUACUGCGAACCCUUGGCCUACAGGCCACCAAUGCCGUCCCACCCCUGAAAGAGCAGAUCAUGGCGUUUGCCAGCAAGUGAGAAUCAACUUCGUGCUUGAAGAUCACAAGCUGAAGUCAUGCUGUUUCAUUUAAUGUACAACUGUAAAUUAAAGUUAUAUUUUAAGCUAUA